AUGCCACUUCAUCCCUCAACGAGAAGCUGGGAGAUCAGUCGCAGACAGGUCAACAUAGUUAAAGUCAUUGGUAAAGGAGCUUUUUCACAAGUUGCCAAGGCGACAGUAAACGGCAUGCGUGGAAGCCAGGAUAACUUGACAGUAGCAGUAAAAAUGCUUAAAGGUGUAGUGUAAUUCAGUGUACUAUAACUAAUAAUUGGAUAUUUGGGUAAGGUUGAGUCCAAAUGUACGUCAAUACACUAUACUUAAAGAAGAAGUCUUUUGUCUUAUUUAAAAUUUGGCUUGUGGCACGAAGACUCAUGGCGAAUUUUAUCGCUAGCAGGGCCGCCUCGAGACCCGAAAACCUCGUUCCGCUCGCUUUAAGAGCAGCUUUUCUAAACUCGUGUCAGAGGUCAAUUCGUUGUUCCAAGUUUAGUAAUAUUUACCUGAUUUUCUCGCGUUCUAGCCUCAAACGUUUGAAAGGCAUAAAUAAAAAUGCAAUCUGAACGCUAUGAAUCAUCGCAGAGGUUAGUCAAAAAUUAUAUUCUGACUGAUUUCAUGGCACUAGUUUUUCUAAACAUGUAGUGCCUGUUUGUUUGAAUUUGUCGGCCGUAGGGAGGUUCAUUUAAAAGUUUACUGACGCGUCGUUGCAAAAAAUUCUGCUUCAAGAAGCUUAAUUCCACAAGAGCUCCUCAGUCACAUCAAUGUCUCAAUGGUUUAUUUCUUACAGUCUUUAUUUCAUUUCUCCGUAUUCCUUUCACAAUUAUAAAAGUCUGUAUGGAAGCUAGCAAAAGAAAUAAGCCUUCAAUCGUCAUCAAAGCGCUUCCUAUCUUUUGUUCCUUUAAAAAGACAACUCGUUCAGUUGGAUGGUUUUGAUGCAAACAAAACAAAAAAGACCAAGUGGACAGAGAACACUCAAAAAAGCUCACCGCAUCAAAACGAUUACCGCAAUGAGGUAAUGGUAAAAAUUGACAAAUUUUUUGUGUUCUUCUUUUUAGCAAAUGCUCCAUCUUCAGAUAAAAAAGACCUUCGGUCAGAACUUGACGUGAUGAAAAAACUAAAACCUCAUCCCCACGUGAUCAAGCUGUUGGGCUGCGUCACAGAAACCGGUAAGGAAUGUGUGAAGGGAGUAACGUUUCAGUUUCUUGAAAUUUGUGGCAUAUACGUUUUCCUGAUGAUUGUAUACUGCCGGUCAUUCGAAUGAUAGAGGGUUUUAACUAAUAUGACCAGAAGUUAUAGGUGCACGUUAAUUAGAAUAAAAGUAAACGUUUACAUAACAGAAGUAUUCAAUUAUUCCCACAGAACUUGUCUGGUACACCAACGUGGCCGCCGUUCCAUUGUUUUGGAACACCAAUAUGUCCUUCUUGAUAGAUACCAUAUGGAACAAUUUAAUAGGCAGGAAAUAUUAGAAUGGAUAUAUCACUGCGUUGAAUAAAGUCAAACAAAGAGAACUAAUUCCAUGAGUUGAAGUAGAUAACUUUAAUGGCUUACCUAUAAACUAAUAGAAAUGUCAGCAAAUUAAUUUUCAAAUGAACAUAUGACCAUCACAGCUCUAAUGCAAUUUAAGAACUUGCUACAUUUUGUAAGUAUGUUUGAAAGAAAUAUUGCAGAGUUUCAAAGAAAAUAAAAUAAUAAUGCGGUCAAACCCAUGCAGUCUAUACAAACACUGAGGGGACCAUAGAAAGUGUCCGUAUUAGCUGAGGGCUUUUUUUCCCCAGGGACAAAGCAAACUGUCCGUAAUAUGUAAUGAAGUGUUCGCAUUUAGCGGAUGUCUUUAAAGCGGGGUUUCUUUGCAAUUCAGGGCUUUUUAUUUUCGGCCUUUGCUUCUGUUCCCUAAAUUGCAUUUAAACCUGCGAUGAUCAUACCUCCAGUUAGAUUUUGUAUUGUCGCAGUUCACAUAGUCUUAAUUGAAAAGUACUAACUUCAUUCUAUGUCCCUUCGUGCGAACAAAAUCAUUAAUAUUUGCUUGGAGAGUAAAUCGGAUAAUUUUCUAAUGAUAUGUAUAUUUUUUACCAUAGAGCCGUUGUUGGUUUUAAUUGAGUAUGUCCCGUACGGUGACCUACUGGGCUACUUGAGGAAGAGUCGAGGACUGAACGACACGUACUUUAAGGACCCGGAUAUGAAGCCACAGACCAAUCUUUCAAAUACAAUACACGAAUAG